AUGAAGCCUGUCAAGAUCAUCACCGUUGUCCUGGCCCCAAUAUCAGCCAAGGCCGUCUCUGAGAAACCCGUCCACACUCCCAACCCACACGUCGAGCCAAUGUGGCCCAGUUGCAUCAAAUUCUACCAGUCUCAGCCCAACGACACUUGCCAAACUCUGGCCGACAAGAACGGUCUCGAUCUCGCUGAGUUUAUUGCCUUGAAUCGCGGCGUAGGGGGGCUGAGUGGCUGCUCCAGGGGAAACGCGAUUGCAGGCUACUGGUACUGCGUCAAGCCGAACGGUUGGGAAUAA